AGAUAGUCUCUGGCAUAAAACAGAUCAGCUGGUCACUGAACAGAAAAGGAAAGUGGGUGAAAAGUGGCAGGACAACGCCAAAGUUUCCAACUGUACACUGUGCAAAACAGAGUUCUCAAUAUUUGUUAGGAGGCAUCAUUGUAGGUUGUGUGGUAGAAUUUAUUGUUGGUCAUGUUCCGACUUUUGGAUGGACAGUCCACACAGCAGUAAAAAAGUUAGAGUUUGUAAGCCCUGCUUUGAUCAUCAACAAAACUUAGGCAGCAGCCUCUUAUCUUCAUCCAUGUUAGAUAAUGAAAGUGAUGAAGAUGAAGAGGAAGAGCAGGAUAAAACUAGGGAAAACAGGGCAGGAGUUAUAAGCUCUAGCUCUAACCAAACAGAUGAAGGAAAGAUAAAACAAAGACCAGUUGAGAGUAGUGAAGUCCCCCUCACUGAGGAUGAACCAAGCAUUUACGAUGAUAUUAACCAUGAGGACACUGCAGGGAUAACUGGCAACGACAAUGAAGAUGACAUUGACGAAGCCAUGUUUCAGAUUGUGUCCCAGGAGGAAGUGCUCAGGUCAAUCAACGAGUACACCCAUCCUAAACUGCCUGCCGCUGUUCCUCAAAACAUGACAAGCAGCAUGCUCCUGUAUGCUGAUGAACUGGAGGCUGGCCAAGUGAACAGACAGAAUGAGGUCAUCCCACCCAAAGGUAGCCACUUUCUUAUCUUACAUCACCCAAAGAAUGUUUUUGGUAUGAUAUGA